CGUGAAUCAGUUUGAGGUCGGGCUUCGCCAUGUUAGGAACAGGGGAUGGAGAGCGGAAAAAGGAUCUACAUAAAAAAUCGGACGAAAGCAUCGAUUCCAAGAAAAAAGAAGCUUUGGAGAUCAUUCAAGAAUCCAAGGCCAUUGGCCAUGAUAUCGCUAUUCUCUCCAGGAAGUACAAGACCACUGCCGUUAAAAUGAGCCCUAAAAUAAUGGGCAGAAGGUUUUCGAGAGUGAAGCGCAAUUCCUGUUUCAGUGUCAUUCAAAUGAAGAUAAAGCUUCGUCAGAAAGCCAAAGAUGCCCGCCAAAAAAAUGAAGUCGGCAGAGAAAAGUCCAAAUUCAACGAAGAAGAAAUUGUUCCAGAAAAAGAUAUGAUUUGUCCGGAGCAGAAGUAUGUGGACGCCAAUCGGUCCCUUACAAGUCACCCCAAAGAGGAUGACAAGGAUCUAGCUCAUCACAUCAAGCAGAAGAAACAGAAGGAUCCUAAGGGUCCCAUUCAAACCAUGGAAGGCAGCAUGGACGCCUCGAGCUAUUGUAAGGAAGGGGCGCGAAAUCUGAAACGUGGAUUCGUUGCAGCAGCCUUGAGAAGCUACCACCAAUCUGCCGCCACUGAAGAGUAUUGGCCUGAGACCUUCAUAGGCCGAAGUCGGUGCUACCAGCUUCUCGGAAUGCCAGACAACGCCUUGAAGGACGCGAACCUGGCUAUACAAUACCGCCGCACCAUGGGCCAAGUUGACCCAUUGAACCACCAUCUCCCCCUUUGUUCCGUGCGAUUUCUCAAACUCGGAAUGGAGGCAUUACAAGCCAAGGGACAAGCCCUGUAUGACCUUUUCCAAUUUGAGCAAUCGCUAAUCAGUCUGUACCAAGCCCAAACGUUCCGUCCAGACUUGGCGUCCAAAUUGAACGGGCUCAUUUCCAAGAACAUUAACGCCAUUCACAACACUUUGUACCCGAAUUGCUUCCACUUUGACGGGGUAGAGAAGGUUCUGAAUAACACGAGGCUUCGGGCAAAGGUCCAGAUGCUUCGGAAUCCGUUGACAAAAUGCACUCAACAGAUCCAAAUAGCUGGACACCUUCGACGUAAGUCCGUUAGAAACGCCAACGGUCGACUCAAUUCAGCAACCCUGAAGAAGUCUCCAGAACCGCCCAUGCCAGAUCUGGAGCAUUUGAGAGAGACCCUCGUGAUGACCCGUCAUCCUGCCCUUGGGGAUUUGAUAAGAGACCUUCGCUUCUUAGAGCAGCUGUCGAAUCACAAGGACAUGAGCGGCCUUGAGGGCCACGUCAAACAGACCCUUCAAUAUUUGGAGCAACGCCGUCAGUUUUGGGAGAAUUUCAACCCCCGGGAAGUGAGGAACAAAUCGAAGAAGAUGAGCUCGAGUUCGAUUUGAAAUGAACUCUUUGUUUUUGGGACUGACAUAGAAUGCCUGUCACUCUUGCUUAGAUCUAUUUCAUGUGGAAAAGUACAUUGAAUGACAUCGCUCUUGG